AUGCAUUGUGUAUAUUUAUGUGCAAAAAAGCAUCUUGCAAUUGAAGCAUAUCCCAAUUUAAUUGAGUUAACAAAUUUACAAGCUCAAAAUAAAACUGAGUUAGUAUAUAACAAACCUUCAAUUACAGUUGCACCUCCUAUCUUUGGUCCUAAAAAAGCUUCUUUAGAUACUAUGUCUGAAUUUAAUCAAUUAUCAAAUUAUGCAACAUAUAAUAAUUCAAAAGCUGGAGCUGAUUUUUUACAUGCUAUUGCAACAGUAAUUGAAGAAAAUAUUUUAGCAGAACAUAUUGUUAAAAAUAUGUCAGUACUUCGGUAUUUAGGAUUAAUUGAAUUAGAUGAAACAAAUGCAGAAACUAUAGUAAAUAAUUUGCAAAAAUUUUUUAUCGCUAAAAUGCUUGAUACACAAAAAUUAAUGCAUUUUGGUAGUAAUGAAAUUAAUCCAUUUAUGACAAAUUGUCAUUGUAUUGCUCAUAGAUUGAACUUAGUUGGCAAAGAUUCAGCUGAUGAACAGCAUCUUAAAUUAUUUCAAUCAUUAGAUAAUGAGGAUCCUCAAUUAGCUAUAUUACAUGUUAUUAGUACUCGAUGGUUAUCACUUUCUAAUGCAGUUUCUAAUUUGCAUCAAAUAAUCUUUUCUAUAAAAGAUGCUCUUUAUAAUAAAGCUCUUAAUGAUUUUUGUAUAAAAACUAGACAACGAGCUAAUACUUUAUAUAAUGAUAUUGAUUCGGAAUUUAUAUUAGCAACCAAAUACCUUGCUGAUAUUCUUUCAAUAAUUAGUGAUACUAUAGAAUAUGAUGAAUUACCUUCAGUAUUUAAAGAAUUUGCAAUAUCAUUUAUUAAAAAUCUUUGUCAAAGAUUUCCCAAUGUUGAAAAUGAAAUUCAACUUUUAGAACUUCUUAAAGAAUGGCGAGAAGUAAAAUUAGUUUUAAAAAAUUAUAAAGAAUUAGAUUUUGUUGAAGGAUGGAAACGAAUUUUUGAUAGUUCUAAAUUUCUUAUACUUUAUCCAAAUAUAACUGAAAUA